AUGCACCUCCAUGGGCGGCUCGGCUGCGAGCACGCGUACCCCGACGAGCUAAAGGACCUCACGCCGCUCGAGGAGAAGCUCAUCUCGCUCAACUCGUGCUACGGCUUCGUGACGAAGUAUAGCAUCCCCGGAGGCAGAGCGCCUGCUGUCGGUAAGGCGGUCGGCGGUCGAGAGGGCGCUGGCCUGGCUCAGGAGAACAACCCGCUCUACGGCGAGGUCGAGAUCGACGCGGCGGAGAUAGCCAGCUGGGGGCGCCGCCGCACGGUGCCGCCGGUGGUGUGCGAGCGGCUGGAGCGAAACGAGCCGUCGGCGCGGGAGAGGACGCAGACGGCGCAGGUGGUGCCGCCGUCGGAGCGGGCCAUGGACGACGGAGGCGCGGCCGAGAUCGAGGAGGUCCUCGCGAUGCUAAGGCAGGGCCAGGACCCCGCCGAGGAGCCGCGACGUCGGGCUCACAUGGGGCGCCAGAUGUGGCCGACGCCGAGAAGAUUCGCUUCGCCCGCGACGCGGUCGGGCCCGAGGCGCGCGCCAGCCGAGGACGUGGGUAGGGACGGCGGCCAGAGGGCGGCGGGCGACGGCGGCGACGGCGAGCCGUACAUACAGGUGCGACGCGGCGAGGAUUUCGCCGACUCGGCGGACGCCUCCUUCUUUGCAAAGGCCUUUCCGACCCUGUUCCCUUUGGGCGCCCAGGCGGAGCGGGUUGCAGAGGGCCUUAUGUCGACGCGGAACAUGAAGCUCCAGGCAUGGGCCGACGUCGUGCUGCGGCGUCACGGCGGCCGGUUCGCGACGCACCCUAUCUUCGCCUUCCUUGUCUUUAACAUGGGCGUGCGGUCUAAGAACCGCCAGGCCAGCAUGCUAGGCGUAGCGAGGAAGAACUUCGCAAGGGUCGAGGGCCUACUAAAGUCGUUAACGGCGCAGAGGCUCGAGGCGGCCAGGGCCGAGCUCGAGGCCACGGGCAAGACUAGCGACGACGGGGUAAAAGAGCUCCUCCGGUCCCUCUCCGUGUUCGGCUACCGGCAGCCAAUGUCGAGGGAGAGCCGCCUUAGUAUGCGGAAGAAGAUACUAUCCCUCAUCGUUAGUAAAGUUACGGCUAGCGGCGCACCGCGGCCGCGACCCGACGAGGCCGAGGCCUUCCUAAGUGACCUAGGGACCGCGUAUAAGCGGACGCGGCUGGCCAUAUCGGACCCGAUGAGCUCGGCCGUCUUCUUCCACCGGGAGAUGACGCUCUUCUUCGAGCACUACGUCAACGUCGGGGAGGAGUCGGUGUUCGGCCACGUCGGCGCAUACUACGGGCGGGGCAACGCGGGCAUUGGCGACGCGCUCGCCGGCCCGGACGCGGAGGAGCAGGCGGCGUACCGGGAGCGCAUCGUCCGCUACGUAGAUAGCGUCUUCUCUGAGGAGCUAGACGCAGAAGGUUACUGUGCCAUGCAGGCAGAGCGGUCGGCCACGGCGGACAUAUCGUCGCGGCUCGACGACGUCGCGCGCUUCACGGACACCUUCGACGAGGAGGCCAACUUCUGCGCGGGCGCGACGCAGAUCCAUACGCAUAGCGCGACCUGCGCGCCGUGGAGGUUGGUGGAGAGGACGGCGCUGACGGCGGACGGGGUGCUCGAGAUCCGGCGGACGCAUAGCAUGGUGAACCGGUGGAACAGGGCGAUGGCAGUGGGGCUACGACACAACCACGACAUCUCGUUCAUCGCGACGCAGCGCAAGACCAUGGCCCUAAUCUACUAUAUUACUAACUAUGCGACGAAGGUAGAGGACCCGGUGUGGAAGCGUGUGGCCGCCGCGGCCGAGUUCCUUCCUGUGCUAGAGCCGACGGGAGAGGGCAACAGAAGUGGCGCCGACCGCGACGGGAAUAAGACGAGAACGUUCCUGCUUAAGGCGGCGAAUCGAGUCUUUACGGAGCGGCCGCUGUCGCAGGUCGAGGUGAUCGCGCACCUCCUAGGGUACCCGGCGGAGUUUAGCAGCGGCUCAGCGUGGGCGUAUAUAAACGCAAACCAGCUCUACUGGGCCGUCUUCCGCCGGUGGCGGCACCUCCGACGGGCGAGCGGCGCCGAGGCGACGGGCGACGCGCCGGACGAGACGGCGCUUAGGCGGCCGGGUUGCGGGGCGACUGUAUGCGUCGACGGAUACCUCAGCAAGGAGUUCAGCGAGGAAGACGACGAGUCGUGCCACCGGAGGGCGGCGGUGCAGCACCUGGCCCUAUUCGUGCCGUGGAGUCCUUCCUCGGCGAGGAGGCAGGCGACAUUAACAACAUCUGGGCACGGGCGCGGGUCGCUGGCGCCGAGGGUCGCGCGGCUCGCAGACAACGUGCAGCUCCUCCGGCGGUCGGCGGAGGACGCGAAGCGCGACGCCAAGCAGUGGGCCGCCACGGCCGAGGAGGGCGGUAUGACGGCGCCGCAGGCCGACGACGAAGGCAGGGGCGGCCGAAGGGGCGAGGAGGCAUACCGCGCCGGCGGGGCGGGCGACGCGGCUCGGCUCAUCGACGUCGUCCGGAACGCCGCCAGCGCGGGACAAGUCACGGCGCAGUCAACAGAGCUGCUAGCGAUGACGCAGCAGCUCUGCCGGUUCCAGCAGUCGGCGCUCGGGUCGGCGGCCGAGCUCGCGGCGACGGUGGUGGCGGACGAGAGGGCAGUCGCAGCAGAGGAGCGCGGCGCGGGGCGGGAGCGGGCGAUCCAGGGCAUCCAGGGCGGCGGGGCGGCGGCGGGCGUCGGGGCCGACCGCGGCGCGGCCCUUCGCGGGGUGAUGGGGGGCUUCGGCGAGGACGACAUCGACGUAACGGCGGCCGACGGCGACGCAGACGCAGGCACGGCGGCGGGGAUGCGCGUGCGGCUCGGCCCGUCGAGCUCGUUCGUCGCCGCCGGCAGGAGCUGGCGGGCCAGCUCACGCUCAACGAAGCAGGCCAUCGCCCUCCUAAUCGUGUGCCGGCAACUCGACCGAAUCCGGCAGGGCGACGACGCAGGCGGCGACGGUGGUGGCCAGCUCUGCCUAUUCAUCGGCGGCGAGGGCGGCACCGGCAAGUCGCGCGUCAUCGAGGCGCUCGUCGAGCUGCUCGCCCGGAGGACCUAUCGAGCCGGGUCAGCAUGCUCGGGGCGCACGCACGCCGCCAACGAGCAGCUCUGCCGGCUGCGGGGGUCGGCGCGGGACUUCGGCGGCAUCCCGGUAGUGAUCCUCUGCGGCGACUUCCACCAGUUCCGGCCGGUGCAGGAACGGUCGAUCCUGCUGCCGAGCGCGGCGGUGGCGUGGGACGAGGACGGGGCGUUCGCGGCCGAGCAGCGGCGGCGGCACGACAAGGCGCACGCGCUGUGGCGGCGCUUCACGACGGUCGUCAUGCUGACGAGCAGAUGCGGGCCGCCGGCGACCCGGAGCUGCGGCGGCUGCUCGGGCGGAUCCGCCGGGGCGAGCAGGACCGGUCGGACCUAG